CUCUCGCGGAUCGGUCGGAGCCCCGGGCUGGAUUUCAAGGCCUCGUGCGGAAGCGGGGCCGGGGGCGGCCCUGGCGGGGCGGCUGGAGGCGACGCGGUGGGAGCCUCGGGCGGCGACACGGCGCCCACCAACGGCGAGUCUACCUCCACCUCCAACAACACCAAUUCGCCUUCGACCACGUCAUCCAUCCAAUCGGAGCAGUUCAACAUCUUCCCGGCCAUCUUCUCCCGGCAGCUCAACUUCCAUCACCACCACCAUCAUAACCAGGGCCAGACUGGUCAAGGGAAGUUGAUGGACGAGCUGCGCCCGAACUUAGGGCUCCUAGGGCUCAUGGAUGAGCACCAUCUUCACCACCACCACCAUCACCACGAUAAGCGGAUCGUCACCAAAACGGAGACACCGGACUUCUCGGCCCUCUACAACCUACCCACUUCGGCCCUCGACGCCUCACAGACUCACUCCUCCUCCCCCAGUAGGAACCUCUCCGAUCACACGGGUGUGGAAGGAGCUUUUAAGAAAUUAAAAAAUGAGCCACUAGGCGGGCCGUCACCUUCAAUACCCCACACGCCAACCACCGCAGCAUGCCCAACGCCUGCUCGACGGAGGCAUAGGACCACUUUCACACAGGAACAAUUAGCAGAAUUAGAGGCAGCCUUUGCCAAAUCGCACUAUCCAGAUAUCUAUUGCAGAGAAGAAUUAGCUAGGACGACAAAACUCAACGAAGCUCGUAUCCAGGUAUGGUUUCAAAAUCGACGGGCAAAAUAUCGGAAGCAAGAGAAGCAGCUACAAAAGGCCCUGGCUCCCCCCGUUUUACCGAGCUGUAACGGAGCCAUGAUGCGCAAUAUUUACCCGACUGCCAGUAGAGGUUACCAACCGUACCCCCACCCUAACACAAUCAAUAGGUAUCCACAGAUGAGUUCAAGCUCCUACGCAAGUAUGAGUCAGCCUUUUUCUAUGACCCAUGGGGCAGCAAAUAUGAGUGCAGCAGUAUCCGGUAUCCGGCAAGAUGCAAUGGGUAUCACGACGGAGGACGAGUGGUACAACAAAAGUCUAUCGGCCCUUAGGAUGAACUCGAGUCAUCACCCGAACCUGGCCGCCCCGAUGCUCCAGUACCAGACAUAAUACUAAUUCAAUUGACCGCUCUUCGCAGUUCUAUUCGCACUCACUUCUCGACAGUGGCGAGGCGUGAAUGAUCGAUUAUCGAUAUUUCUCCAUAUGAGCUGUGGUAAAGAAUCGAUUAUUAAGGUGUUUGCUGCGAACGCCCUGAUAACCGAUCAUUUUCCGUACGUUUAAAUGGUAGAUCAAUCGAUAUAUCGCAAAGCACGCCACGCAACUACUUCUCGACGAGUCCUUGCCGCUCCUUCAACGCUGCCCGCGCAUCCCGCACAACACUCCCGACUCCCUCGCACAACUGCGUGUCGGGUCCUCAAACGCGAAUCGCGUGGAAUUUUUCGUGUAAUUCUAGUCAGCAUCAAAAUUAACGCUCUAGUCAAAAUAUUUUCCAGGCUGAAACCUGAUUCUUAUUCUAGUCAAAAUUGAAAUCCCCUAAUUUUUUAUUUUCAUAAUUCUCAGAACAAAUUAGAAUUGCGAGCAAUUCAGUUCCUUCACAUUUAAAAUCAUGUUUCAUUUGAGUUAUAUUUUUAGUAAAAAGACGAAGCCGAAAGAGUAAGCUUGUUUGAGAGGUCCAAAAGAGUUUGGUCAAACAUUAGUUGGGACAAUUUUUCAAUCGCACCAUUCAUAUUAACAAGUAAAGCAGAUCAUUAGUUGAGGGUUCUUAUAUUUAUUAGCCUAAUGCCUGUAUUCUGCACAAUUAGUGCUACACAAAUAUUUAGUUGGUCCAACAAAACAGUGGAGAAUCUUUAAGUUCAGUGCCAUGGAGAAAUUUUACACCAAUUUUUCCCUUUCUUCUUUUCAAAGCCUCAUAAUGCCCGUUAUUCUUUGUGAUGCUUAAUUGUUUCAUUGCCUACACCAAGAGUAACUUUUCUAGUCAAUUUGUGAGGUAUUCGUAUUUGUUUACGAGAACGGUUGUUUUUUAGUUCAAUUUCUUUCUCAUGUUUGAAUAUUUCUUGUGCAUUCUUUUACGGGAGGAGGGGUAAAUUCCUUUUAUUUUACUUUUUAUCCUUGUUGGUUUUAUUUAUUUUUAUCUCAUGAUAAUUAUGAUUCCUAAUGUUUUUGUUUUCUUUUUUGUUUCUCUUCUGCAUGUCAUUAUCAUCAUUUAUGAGUUAGCUAGUCACUCUAUGUGUAAGAAAAAACUUAGCUCUCUACCUAUACGACAUUGAAAUGUGCAAUCAAAACGAGUUUAUAUCUUGCUUACACAGUGAAAAAAAAGGAACCGACAUUUUGUGUUAAUAUGAGAAGUCGAACACAAAGUAAUCUAAACUCGCAGUCAAUAUUUUUGGUUGGUUUUUCUUUGAGUUCCAUUGAACAAAACUUUGGGUUACAUUGGCCAAAUUUUUGGAUUUGACAUCUGCAACCUUGUCAGAAAGUAGACGCAAAUUGGCAGGGUCGUAACUAUAUUCCAUCGAUGCCAGUCGAAUACACUAUUUACGAAUAUUCACCUUUUUCUUUUUCUACACCUAAUUAUUUUAAUCAAAAAUUAUCAAAGGCAGUUGAAUCAUCAAUUCAUCAUAAAUUAAAAUAGAACUCAAAAUUAAUUACGUAAAUGAUUAUGCUUUCUGUUGCGGCGGCAAAUCUCAAAUCCUACCAUCAUCAGAUCCUGAGAGUCCGGUCAUAGUUGUAAAAAUUAGGAGACAGUUGUAAAUAGUUAUAACCACAUUUGGAGGAGGCGUGAUGCAUCACAUCGGUGGAAAAUAUUUUAAUACUUUUGCGAAGAGGAUAUGGUUCCUACCACCGGAUGAUUCUAAGCAAAUAUAAUAUGAAUUUUGGGACGAUCCGAUCAUAUGCAACAUACAAAACAAAGAGGUACAUAUAUAAUUCGGUAUCGCGACGAUAAUUGCACUUAAUUUACGAUUUUAAGUGUUAACGAUUUGGAAUAAAUAAUAAAAAAAUGUAAAUCCUUCAAGGUUUCGAUCAAAACUUUACCCACUGAUGCAAAAAGUAGUCAUUUAUGUGUGAGAGGGGUCAUAGUUUUAAAGGGUUAGUAAUAUUUUAGUACUUAAUGGAAAUUCCUCUGUUUUUGAAAAUAAUCUUACCUACUUGUUAAGACUGGGAUAUUACAUAUCCUUCUGUGUAAUUGGAACCCUCAGUCCAUCAAACUUUAAGGUUCCUUGCUCAGCCCAUUGCCAAAUUACGUAACUUAAAAUGUUUCAACGUCUCUAGCAUCAUAAAUCGCAUAUGACGCUAUUUUUUCACACGAAAAAAUUGUAUUUAACUGUUAUUAAUGAGUAAACUGAUUAAAAAAAUGUCACCCUCCUCUAUUUUCAUGUUUCAAUUUUUCCUAGCAUCGCAUUAUUGUUUUCUCCAUAGCUCGUAUGCAUCGUCUGACAAAGAAUCAUGUACUGUGAAAUAAUAAUCAGGAAUGUAUUUUUCUCUGAUAAAAUCUGAUGUAAACUUUCCCUUCCGACUCAUCCGAAAAUCAAUCAACUUUUAGGAUAUUUUCCUUGUUUUGACCUGUAGUUUAGCAGUGAUGGCAGAUGAUGCAAGAAAAGCACUCAGGGUGUCUUGCCUCGUGUCGUAGACAAGACAGCGAUUUAGUGCUGACUAGGAUUUUGCGGGAUACGUACUGAAAAGAAGUAGGGUACACUAUGAGUGUGGUCUGCUGACCAGCUCAAAAAAGAUCUAAACAGAAGCGGAUCCACCAAUUUGGCAACACCGGAUUGCCUCCAUCUAAAUCUAUGCUAAAUAAUCGAUUCUUGUCAAAGCACCCGGCCCCUCCGAGAAUCGAUACCUUUCCAUAGGUUUUAAUGGAAGAAAUACAAUGUUGCCACUCUGCUCAAUCCGCCUAUGGAUCUAAACCUGUACAGAUCGCUGAACAGGACUUUAAAUUAGGUAUAUUAUAAUGAAUCUGCCUGAGCUGAAUAUCCCCCCCCCCCCAGACAUGAAUUUUAGAAUUCUAAUUAUGACGUUUUAUUUUUUCUGACAUUGGUCUCUCUGCAGGAUGGUGUAGAAUGGAAACUAUUCUACCAUCCUGUUACUAGUCUAAAACUGCAUGCGUAACCGGUACGUACCGUACCAUCAGCUCGUAUAAGUUUUGAAGGUAACUCUCUUAGUGUCAUGCAGUGCGAUUCUGAAGUUGAACUUCCCGUAAAAUCCGAGAAAUAGGGUGUCUCUAAUUAUCAUGAAGACACUUUUGUGUAAAUUUAAUCAAGUUGUUUGAAUCUUUCAAUCGAGUUCAUCAACUUUUUUGUAAAUAUUUUUAUUAGAGUGAUAUUUUAUCGAAGCAAGUACAAUGUACGGGCUACGUGCUCGACCCUAUCUGAUUGUAAAUUUGGCCUCUUAUAUUUCCAUGUUUUUGUGAUUUUAUUAUGUAUCAUGUAAUUAAUUUAUAUCAAUUUGCAGCCCAAGAGUUAUUAAAAAAACCCAUACUGUAUGAUCUGUAAAUAUACAAUUUAAUAUUAAAUUAUACGUGUUUGUUUUGUAAAUUUGA